UUAGCCGCCUUAAUCCAUCCCUCUAGUUUCCAGCUCCAUUUUCUCUAAUGAAGUUUGAUUAUGAUCUUUUCAUGGAAAUUCUAAGCCAAUUGCCUAUUGAGACUCUUCUACGCUUCAGAUGCUUGUCAAAAAAAUGUUGUUCUUGUAUUGAUAGCCCAGAUUUUAUCUACUUCCAUCUUAAUCGAUCCAUAAAAACCUGCACCAACCGUAGCCUCAUCAUUGAUGAUGUUUUUCCAGAGGGUUCUAUCUACGCGGUGGAUUUAGACUCAUCAGAAUCAGAUAGAUCCCUUGUGGAGCUCCAUCGUCCUUACAAGCCUUUCGUGAAUACUGUCGAGAGUGUGCUUAGUGAUACUACAGACAGGUAUAUUGUUAGGCCUCGCAAGUUUUACUCAGAUGUAUUUGGCUCCUGCAAUGGCUUGCUUGCUAUGUACAACUGCAGUGGCGUCACCUUGUGGAACCCAUCAACGAAGAAGCACCGCAACAUUCCUGAAUUCUGGAGUGAUAUUGAGUCCAAUACUUGUGAUAGAAUCUUGGAGGGGUUUGGAUAUGAUCCAAUUAACAAUGAUUACAAGGUGAUCAUGAUAUAUCAACGUAAUGAACUACACUACAAGGCAAAAUUACACGAGAUCAAAUCUGUAGUUUACAGUUUGAAAGGUAAUUGUUCAACAAGGAUUGAAGACCUAAAUGGUUAUUAUAUUUCUUUCAGUGGCCACUCAGCGGGUGUUUCUGUUGGCGGGUCAUUGCAUUGGGUGGUUAGUCGCGAAGAAAAAAGAUACCAGUUCGAUAAAAGUAUACUUGCAUUUGAUCUUGUGAAUGAGAAGUUCUACGAGCUGCCGAAACCUCGUAUAAAGGGUGAACUGUUUGUGUCUUUGUCGGAACUUGGAGGAAGCCUCGCUAUAACCUAUUCGUCGAGCACACGUAUGUUUAUAGAGAUAUGGGUUAUGAAAGAAUAUGGAAUAAUUGAUUCUUGGACUAAAAUAAUUCGGAUCGACGGUGAGGAGAACUUACUUAAAUCUGAUCGCUAUGCAGCCAAUCUGCGGCCUUUAUGUUAUUCAAAAACUGGGGGUGAAAUCUUAGUGGGUUAUCCGUAUGAUGAAUACUUUGUCUCAUAUGAUUUGGAGGAGAAAAUUGCUAAGAGAGGUGUAGUUUUUCGAUCCCCAGAGCGUGAGAGUAUUCACAGUGAUAUUCCUAAUAAAAUCUCAGCAAACAUUUGUAUGAGAAGCCUUGUUCCUGUCAAUUUUAGUUCUGGGAUUGCUGAGUCUUCUUCAGAGAUUCAAAGCAUGGAGCGCAAGAGAACAUGACAGAAAAGAAAAAGAAGAUACUUUUUUAUGGAUUCUGUGUUUCUGAUUUUUGGUUCAGCAGCAUUACUUUUGCAGACAUUUAUGCUCUCUAUGAUUUGUUUUUGCAAUAAAAAUAAAUAGCUGUUAGUGUUUUCUUGGGUGUAGUAACCGACUAUUUUCGAUAAUUUAUCAUGUUUUGCUCAUCAUUUAUAUGA